AAACAACCCUCUCCGGGUUCAUUGUACCCCUUCCAACAUACUUACACUUCCUGCUGGGCAGUUAGUAAGUGUAAUCGAACCACUUUUUUUUUCUUCUGCCCAUCUCAACCGUUACAGUCCAGACCGAUGCGGUGAUCGGUUGAUAUUGUUGUUUUUAAUUCCCUUUUUUAUGCGCUGUAAAAGCAACUGCAAGCCUCCCCGAUCAGUCUCUCGUGCAGGUGCCGGUGUCCGACAGGUUUUACGUGCGGCACGAUUUGACCCUUUGUAUUUCCCACCCGCUUGCCGGAACCGGGGCGAAGGGGUAACGCGAUUGUUGCUGCUUCCGUUAUGCGUUCUUGCUUCGAGCUCUUUGUUUUGCGCCAGCAUAAGAGUUUGCUUGAUCGAGUAGUGAGCUGAGGGAUUGUGCUAAAACAAAAAAACCCUCACAAACACGCAAAGAUCCGGCACCGACGGUUGGGGGGAGGAGGAGAGAGAGAGGUAGGUCAGAUUUACGUCAAAACCCGUGUGCGCGCACGAUCGCCGGUAUGUUCUGUUUUCAUUAAGGGAGAAGGAACACGAUCGACAAGUGCGGCGCAGUUAUGCCAAGCCAAGCUCUCUACUUCCUUCUUCUAAGCUGCGUGAAGGCAUGUUUGCUUGUUUUUGAUAGGAACAAUCCGCUUCAAAUUCUAGCGCAAUACGCAAAGGCAACACGUUGCGUUGCGUACUACAGGGUUUUCCAGUGGUUCUGAUAACUUUGAGAUGCUUAACGGACUCUAUCGCACGGGAAGUGAUACUUUUGGCGCGUUAGCGAUAAAUCUGUAACUUUACUGAACUCUAUGUGACGGGAAGUAGAUUCUUUGGCACCUUUUUUGGACAAGUCAUUUGGGUGCCGUUUGCCAGCUGGGUUUUCGUAUACAUGAGGUGGUUGAAGUAUUGCUAUUUUCAAUAAUACACAUCAAUAUAAAAUUUGCACUAUAUAUGGCUAUACACAUUUAUUAAAAUUAUGAUCAAAGCAUGAUAUGUUUUGUAAAUUAUCGAGUGAUGUUAUUUUACUUCAAUUUAUGUUGCUUUGUUAUGGAAGAGUAAUAACAUUCAAGUCAACUAGCGUUUAUAAACAUUCGCGAGUGAAAUCAUCUGCUGUCAAUUCGAAUGGGUGGGAAACAACUACAACAACAAUUUUCCACAACCAAACGCAUUCCGAAAAUAUCGCUUCAAAAAAGGUUUCAUGCUGUCGUGGCUGUGCUGUGCACCAAAACAUAAUAGUGCUAAUUCGUGAAUCUUAUUGCACACAGUAUGUAUUUAAGCCCAUAACACUUGAAGUAGUUGUAAUUAUUUACGUGUUCCGAAUGUUACAGGUGUUUCAAUAUAACCGAAAUCAUUGGAUGCUGUUUGUGAAGAUCGAUUGUGUCAUCAUUUUACAAGCAAAACUCAAAUAUUAUAACAGACAUGGAGCCCAAUACAAGUGCAGCUACACGACGUGUUGUAAAAACCACAUCCGAUAGCGACAGGAAGCGGGUCAUAACGGCGUAUGAAAAUGGCUCAGCUCCAUCAGCAAUAAGCCAAAUGCUUAAUAUAAAGAGACCAACGGUGUAUGGAAUCAUAAAUAAAUACAAUGCAACUUGGCAAAUCGCUGCAGCUAAGCGUGGUGGCACCUGUAAAAAAAAGUUGUCGCAGGAUGCGGUAGAAAGCAUUCGAGCCUGGAUCGACGAAGAUUGUGCGAUCACGCUGAAGUCACUGGCACAGAAAGUAUUUGAACGACACGGUGUACACGUUAGCAUCUCAACUAUAGCCAGGGAAGUAAAGGGCUUCAACUACUCCUUUAAAAUGCUGCAAAAAAUACCUGAAAGGCGCAACACAACUGCUACGAUCGAGGAACGUACCACAUACGCCAGAAACUUCUACCAAAUAACAAGGGCAUUUCCUGUAAGCGGAUUAAUAUAUUUGGACGAAGUGGGAUUCAACGUGAGCAUGCGGACAAGCAAGGGCAGAUCUCAGAAAGGAACGCCAGCAGUAACCGUGGUUCCUCAAAUUAGAACUAGAAAUAUAUCGAUAGUAUGUGCAAUGAAUUCGAAUGGGAUCGUACAUUACGUCACCCACAACCAACCUGUAAACAGAGAGCUAUUUACCAAUUUUAUUUAUGAGCUUAAAGAUAUAUUGCGAUCCAAAAACAUUAAUAGAAGCUAUUUAAUAAUGGACAACGUUGCUUUCCACAAGAGCCAGUCCGUGCAGGAAGCUAUAGGAACCGUUAUAGACAAACCUCUCUAUCUACCCCCAUAUUCUCCCUUUUUAAACCCCAUAGAGAAUAUGUUUAGCAAGUGGAAGAAUUAUGUAAAAAGAUCUAACUGCACUAAUCACGACCAACUAAUGGAAGCUAUAUGCAACGGAGCAAAUUAUGUUACCGCAGAAGAUUGCGAAGGGUUUAUAAACAACAUGUGGAACUACAUGUCACGCUGUUUAAGCGGUGAAGAAAUAUUAGAUUAGAUGUAUCUUUAUUCUUUGAUAGCUCCUUUGAUAGAAUUCAAUAGUUUUAUUCAAUAGUUUAGAUAGAUGAGAUUAAUUAGUAGUAGUUAAGUCGAUUAACACUUCAAUGGAAAACCGUACUCCAAGAAUUUUUCCUCAAAAUGUGCUGUGCAGUUUCCUCAACAGUUAUUACGUUUUUUUUUUUUCAUUAGUUAAGUUCUUCAUCUUUAGAUGGAAAAACGAUACUCAAAGAGUUCCUUGAAAACGUGCUGUGCAGUUUUCUCAUCAUUAAUUACUUUUUUUAGUCAGUAGUAAAUAUCUUGAUUGUUAGAUGGAAAACAAUACUCAAAGAGUUCCUUGAAUAAAAUACAAUGCAAUUUUCGAACGUUUCUUAAAUCAGUUUGUUUUAGUUCUGAAAGAAAAACUAAGCUGUUUGCUUUCUUAAACCAGCUUUUAUUUACGG